AUGGUUGUGUGGUCACCUAAGACCAACUUGCUGAACGCAAGAGAUUCAUACACAAAUGCUAAAUCAAAAUUGACCAAUAACAUUCACAAACCCCUCUCCACAUCAUGCAAAAUCCUCAUCUCCCCAAACUCAUCGUCUUCGAUGUCCAUCGGCAUUUCUGAAAGAAUUGCAUUAGGGUGGCCGGGGCGUGUCACUUCCUGCAGACACAAUCCGAGGGUAUGUCGUGGGUCGCAGCAUAAUACCCAGCGCAUGCUGGAUACAGGCCAUUGCUCCCCAAAAACGUGCAGCAAUACAUAUAUGACACCAGGCUGGCCCACCCCUCUGAGAAUUUUGUACCACGUUCUUUCUUCUUUAAGAAGCCUCUGCAUUCUCUCACUUUUUUUUUUCUCUCUGCUGGAAAAACAUUUAUCUACAAAACUUCUUGGAUCCUCCGAAAGUUUACACCAGAACAUAUAUCUAUAG